CAGGACUUUCUCAGGAAACCGUCGCUCGGUUUCUGGUCGGCUGGACGCAAAGCGGUCGGGGGCGCCUUUGUGUGACGUGGCGGGCGAGGCGGCCGCAGACCCGGGCUCGGGCAACCAUGACAGUUUCCUCUCUCGUCCAGCUUCGUUUGGUUUGGUGCUGUUGGACCCUACCAAGAUGGCAGAUGAACGGCCAUAAGAAACCCUUGGCAGUGUGGACCAGUGCUACUGCUCAGUGGACACUUAAGCAGAAGAAACUAGCAGAGCUAUACAGGAUACCAAUGUCCAGGCCAUCCAUCUUAUCAGGCACUAGUCUGCUGGGCAAGCGAGCUCUCUCUACAACUUCCAGCAGCCCCAAGGAAGUGAUGCUGACUAGUGAGCAGUAUGGUGUGAAGAGGCUGCCUUUCUCUCAUGUUUCUGAUAGUGAUAUAGCCUUUUUUGAGCACCUUAUACCUGGCAGAGUCAUCACAGACCCAGAUGAAUUGAGACUGUUCAAUGUGGACUGGCUGCAGUCAGUCCGAGGCUGCAGUAAGAUGUUACUGAGGCCACGGACAGCAGCAGAGAUAUCUGAGAUUCUCAGGUAUUGUAACAAAAGGAAGUUGGCAGUAAACCCCCAGGGAGGUAACACUGGCCUUGUAGGGGGAAGCGUUCCUGUCUUUGAUGAGAUUAUCAUCUCCACAGCUCUGAUGAACCAGGUCAUCAGCUUCAACAGUGUGUCUGGAAUCCUUGUUUGCCAGGCUGGCUGUAUUUUAGAGAACCUGAACCAGUAUCUUGAGGAGCUGGACUUCAUCAUGCCACUUGACCUUGGAGCCAAGGGCAGCUGCCACAUUGGUGGUAAUGUGGCAACAAAUGCAGGAGGCCUGAGGCUGUUGAGGUACGGCUCUCUCCGAGGGACAGUUCUGGGACUGGAAGUGGUGCAAAUGUUUCAAUGAGGCCCCUAUCUACUUCAUCCCAGAGGCUGGUCCGGAUUAGAAGGCGGAAAAAACAAACUCGGGACGACAUGUCCACCAAGCUCAUGCAGUCCUCCCGCACUGAUAGGGCCCAGCUGAAUACAUGGAGGCAAAAAAUUGCAGAGUCCUGUAAAGCAGUACAGGAAUAUGAAGAGAGGAGGGACGCACACGAUGCGAGCAGGCAAGAUGCUGUGGUCAAGCUCAUGGGGGAGCAAACUGAUAUGCUCCAUUGUAUGGUGGAUCUAAUGCAGGAAAGGCAACAAGACCACAGACUGCCGCUGCAGCCCAUGUAUGACCUUCCUCCUCCUCAGGUUCCAUAGCCUCCUCACCCAGAUGUCCAAGAACACAGCGGGGGAGGCUGCGGGGACCCACACACUCAACCCCAGAGGAUUGCCCAAGCAGCAGAAAGGUGGCAUAUGCAAACUUUUGAUUUGGUUUCUGGACAUGUCCUUCCCUCCUCCUCCACCCCCCUAACCCAAUACCCCCCGCCCAUCCUCCUUCUGAUUUCUCUCAAUG